AUGAGACCGCACGAAUACGCGGCAUACCGCAGACCAUUCCCUCGGACUGCGUGUACCGAACUGCUUGCAAUAGACGAUCACCUGACUUCACAGGUUUGCACCCGGCGUGAACUUCGGGAUUCCGCUCAUCUCAGAGACACCGAGGUCUUUACUGGUUCUGAGCGGGCUUAUCCUUCGGUGGGCUUGGUGCAACACCCUCGGAAACGACAGCGGAAUGUUACUGCUGGAAUUGUCUUGGGAGCUGAAGCUGAUGGGAUCACCGGUAUCAUCAGCGCGCCUCGGCACCGGGUUGGGGUGCUGAUGCGCAUUACCUGCACCAUCGCUCGUAAAGGCUGCUGCUCUUCUGACUUGCUGUCUUCAGUACUUGGGCUUUGGAUACAUGUUCUGAUGUUCCGGCGGCCUGUGCUCGCGGUUCUGACUAGUGUCUUUGAGGAUGCCCGCCGGGCUCCCCGGGAUGCUGUUUACCAGUUGCAACGCUCUUCGAUCAACGAGCUGUUUUGCUUAGCUGCUUUGGCCCCUCUUCUGCAGGCGGACCUCCGCGUGGAUUACCCGGGCCUUCUGUUUUGCAUGGACGCCUCACCCACUGGGGCUGGCUUGUGUGCUGCCAAGCUGCCACCUGCAACUGUGAAGGAGCUUUGGCGCUUUUCGGAACAAAAGGGCUUCUACACCAAGCUUUUGGAGCCUGCUGGUGCUACACUGGCCGCGGCGGGCUUGGACGACGACCCGGGAUCUUACUUCGCUUCGAACGUGGGCGAGGCACAGGCCCGUGGCUUUCUGCACCUUUUCGGUUCUGACCAGAGUUGGGCAACUCUGCGUGUCAGUGCAGACUCCAUGACCGUUUGGCUCGGCUUCACUGCUUCCGUGCGUUUGUUGCAUGCGGCUUGGCGCUUCGCCUGGGUGCUGUCGUUGUCCUUCCGAGACGGUGCACUUCCCGAUCUCAGGUACAAGUUCGCUAAGCCUGGGCACAUCAAUGUCCUUGAAUCCCGCACUUACAAGACUUGGAUAAAGUG